CCCUGAAGGGAGGUAGAAGUUUCACUGCAUUCCUGUCCUGCAACUCCGACUCACCCAUCUGCAAGGACAUAUCCGUAGUGUGUGUGUGUUUGUGGCUCUGUUCAGGACCCCUGAACAGGCCCCCACCUUGAUUUCAGGACCACAUUGUGUGUAUAUUAGUUUGUGUUGAAACGUCACAUCGGAGGGGGUGUGGGCCAGACAUCCGCAUACGCCUAUUGACCUAAACCUCAGCACAUUAUCAGGGACGUGAUGAUGUCGAUGGGUGAUAAAGGCUCUGUCCAGACACAGACUAAGGUCCUGUCCCAGGACUCAUGGACGCAGGUCAGCUGUCCCUGCUGUGUGUCUAAGCAGGUGGAGCCCCUGGUCCUCAUCCAGCUGUCAGACAACGUCCAGCCUGUCACUAAGAGGUGGCUCAUCUCCCUGAUUGAAACUUCAAAGAGACACGGAGGAGCAGCUUUGCUGGCCCACCCUGGAGAGGAUGAGUGUGGGGAUGUGGUCGUGGUGUCUGCUCCUCGCUGCACAUUCCUCAAAGCCACGGAGGACCUGGGUCUGUGUAAGAAAUACCACAAUGAAGACAUGGUUGCUUUCUCCUACCACGACAGAGACAACUUCAGCAAUGUUGAUGACAUGCAGGAGUUCCUGACGCUAGCAGAGCGUCAGUACAUAGUCAAGAAUGAGCUGGACUCUCUACAGGCCCAGAAGAAGCAGAGAAUCCCUGGAAUCCCAGAGGCGCCAGGGGUCCUAGAGGCCUGGGAAAACAUAUGUCAGAAGCUGGUGAGGGCAGGAGUGAUAAAGGACAUCUUCCCUCUACAUGACCAGCAGAGACUGAAUGACCUCGGCAGAAUGUGGUACUCUAAGAAGCAGAUAUGGGGACAGCCUCUCGAUGCAAUACAAUCAUAUUUUGGAAGCACCGUGGCGUUUUACUUCAGUUUUCUAGACUUCUACACCUGGGCCCUGGUUCCCCCUGCCUUCCUGGGCCUUGUCCUGACCUUUCUGCUGCCUGGAGGUGGUGGGGUGGUGAAGGAGCAGGCCGGGGAGGGGGUGAUGGAGGAGGACGACGAUGGCCCCUCGGUCAGCGGUCACAUGGUACAGGCUGUAUUCAGCAUGCUGUGGUCCACGCUGUUCAUCGAAUUGUGGAAGCGUCGGAGCUCCUCCCUCUCCCACCGCUGGGGCACACUGAACCUGGCCGAGCGCUUCGCCGGGCCCCGCCCUGGCUUCCACGGUACCCUGGGGCUCAACCCUGAAACAGGCCGUCUGGAGCCCCUGUUCCCGGAGUGGCAGAGGCAGCUGCGUUUAGGCCUGGUGUCGUUGCCCCUAGUGGGGCUUUUAAUGGGACUGGUGGUGCUGGGAAUGACUUGCUUCUAUCACGGAGAGGCCCUGGUGCAGGGCUUCCAUCAGGACAGCGGCUCCCUGUUCUCUGGAGUUCUGCUCUACAUGCCCUCCAUGGCCCACAUUGUCUACACCAACAUGCUGGGGAAUGUGUACCACGCUGUGGCCAUGCAACUCACCGAGUGGGAAAACCACAGAGAGGAGUCCUCCUUCCAGAACCAUCAUACCACCAAAGUCCUCCUGUUUACUUUCUUCAACAACUUUGCUGUGCUCUUCCACAUUGCCUUUUACAAACAGGACCUACCACUGCUACGCAAGAGGCUUGCCUCUAUGCUAAUUGGGAACCAGCUGGUGAACCAGUGUACAGAGGUGGUAGUGCCGUUUAUAGUCGACCGCUUCCUUAGUGCUCCCCAUAAGAAAGAGCAGGAGGACGACCUAGAGAUGGACAAACUCAGAGCCCAGAGAAGCCUUCCCCCUUAUCCAGUAAGUCCAUGUAAAAUGUGUAUUUUUUUCUUCUUUUCCAUUUCUCUUCAUUGUGCUCGCCUGCCUUGGUUUCUUUGCAUCUGUGCCUUAAGGGGUAGAAUCAGGUUUGGGUGCAUUUGCAUAUGUACUGUAUGUUUGGUGUAUAUUUGUUUUGGUGUUAUUGCGUCUGUUGCUACGUUGCAGGGCCUGUUUGCGGAGUACAUUGAAUUGCUGCUGCAGUUUGGGUAUUUGAGUCUGUUCUCCUGUGUGUACCCGCUCACCGCCGUCCUCCUGCUCCUCAACAACAUCACAGAGAUCCGAGGGGAUGCCUACAAGAUCUGCAAACUGUUCCGGAAGCCAUUCUCUGCCCCAGUGUCCAAUAUGGGGGUGUGGCAGACAGCGUUUGAGGUUCUGGGCUUUGUCUCAGUCAUGUCUAACUGCUGGCUGCUACUGCUGUCCCCUCGCGUCCAGGAGUUCUGUCUGGAGGGAGGGAUCAGCGGCAAGAACAUCAUACUGGUCGCCAUCCUGGUGGAGCAUGUCCUGAUCCUGGUCAAGAUGGUUCUAGCCUUUAUGAUCCCAGAUGAGCCUGACUGGGUCAGAAUCAAGAGGGAACAGAUCGAGUUUAACUCUAUGCAAGCUCUAGGGCAGCAGAAGCUAUGAAGCCCCUGUGGGAGAGUGAGUGUCCUGUUGCUCUUCAAGUGGUGGUCUGGACUAGGGGGCUCAUUAGAAUUAGCUGCCAUAACGAGGGCGGACAGGAGGAUAUAAAGACACGUCUGUUUGGCCUGUGAACCUAAACCCUGGAGUCAGCCAGUCUGAGAAGCUCUCUCAGUAUCUCCCUCUGAAGGACUCCCUCUCCAGGCAUAAAUACAGUUCAGAAAGGAAACACCAGGUAUUCGUUUAACCAUUUAUUAGAGAAUAUGAACAGUACAAUAGGUCUUGGCAAUAUGCUCUGCUCCUUCAGGGUAGCUCACUGUCAGAGCAAAGCGUCAACAUAUAAUAACUACUGGUAUACCAAUCCACCUGCAGGAAGGAAAACAGAACCAAACAGGUGGAGGUUGGGGUGGUGGAGGUUUUGGUGGUGGUGUGUAGCAAGAAAAACAAAUGCAUACUAGCAGUAGCAGCAAGCGGCAGAGGAUGUCUGAGCAGAACCUGGUCAGCUUAAAUAGACCGCCAUACUAAGGUAGGAAGUGUUGUUAGCAUCUGGUUGGUGCAGUCUCAGCUGAUGCAGAAACUCAGGUUUUCAUUCUGAACCUGCUUUGCUUUAUAAGGCAUGUUAGAUACUAGAGGCAGGGGCCAUGGACUGAAGCGGUGUAGCUUUGCAGCUUCAGUUUAUGUGUCAGAUUUCUUGAAAUACUGGGUAGCUUUGGACUUUGUGUCUGGCACAUACUAUGCACAUUUUUAAUUUGCUAUAUAUAUAUAUAUUUUUUUCUCCAGUGUUUUACGUACUUUCACAUAAUGACUGUUACACCUAAAAUCAAAUGAUCAAUUAUUUGAAGAUUUUACAAAUGUUAAAACAUAAGGAGUAAUGAUUAACUUGAUUUUGGGAUACAUACUAUAUUCAUAUGCAUCUUUUAAAAUGGAAUAUGUGGAUGAUGUGUUGGAUUGAGUGGAGAUGGUUAUGUUCAGCCAAAUAAAAUAAACAUCCCAAAUCA